AGCUGGAGUUCCACGGUGGAGUCUUAGUAUGUCAUUGGAAACAACAGCAAAACUCCAGCUUCGUGUUUGUUUGUUUAUUUAUUUAUUUAUUUUUUUUCGGAGCUGGGGACCGAACCCAGGGCCUUGUGCUUGCUAGGCAAGCGCUCUACCACUGAGCUAAAUCCCCAACCCCCGUGUUUAUUUUUAUAUAUUUAAACUUAUUAUAUUAUUUUAUCAUAUAAAAUAUGAAUAUUUAUAUUUUGAGUAAAAUAUAUAUUACAUCUUGCACUUGAAAUUAUUUAAUUUCAACCCAGGCUUUCUUCUGGGCCUUUGAGCCUGUAGUCCCCAGAUGAAAGACACACACAGACUUUAUAUUUACAAUAAGCCUUAAACAGCACAAGAGCUGGGCGGAUACCACCCUCUGUGCUAUUAGAAUAUACUUUCCUAUCAGUAACCCCAAGUCAUUUAUACUAUGUGUCACCUGGGCUGCUCUUAACUCCAGUUGGCCAGCCUGCAGGGCCAUGUUUUUAUGGCUCACUUAACCCAUGGCGGCUUCUCCCUCCUCCUCCUGCUCCUUCUUCUCAGGUCCCAAGCCCAGGAAACUUAAACCCCACCUAUGUCUCUCCUGCCCAGCUAUUGGCAGUUGGUGUGCUCAUUACCAAUCAGAAAUAACUGGGGGCAAGGUCUACAUGGGACCUCUUUCAUCUCUGGAACAACCAGAUUCUGGGGGCCUGCACUUAGCCUUACAAUAAAUAACAAAGGACCAAACCUCAACACCUAUUUUAGAAAAAUUCCAUGAUUUUUUUUUUUUUAAGAUUUUAUCUUUACUGGAGGGUUGACUGAGUGGCUAAAGGUACUUGUUGCUUUUGUGAUGACCUGGGUACAGUUCUCAGCACUGAAAUCAAGUGAUUCAUAACCUUUAGUAAUUUCAGCUCCAGGAGAUAUGAUGGCCCCUUCUGGCUUCCAUGGGUACUGCACCCACAUUGUACACAUAUAGACAAGCAGGUGCAUACACACAAAUAGUUAAAAAUGUAAAUAUUUAUUUUAAAUUAUUUGUGUGUGUAUGGGAGUGCCAGAAAAGGAUGUUGGGUUACCCAGAGUUACAAACCAGUGUCGGUGAGAACCAAACUCGGGUGCUCUGGAGGAACAGCAAGUGGCCUUAACCACAGAGCCAUCUCUCCAGCCUCUCUUCCGUGUUUUUAUGUUUUUUUUCUUAACUUAUAUGUCUCUGUGUGGGCAUGUACACACAAGUGCAGGUUCCCACAGAAACCAGAGAGCAUCAAAUUCCUUGGUGAGCCAGAGUUAAAGGUGAUUAUGUGCACCACACGUGGAUGCUGGAAGCCAAACUCAGGUCCUCUGUGAGAGCAGCCACGCUCACAUAGAACAGAGACCACGUGAAUGGGAAAGUUCACCCAGGGAAAUCGUCACCCAGGUUCCAGUUCUUAAACAGAAGAAUGUUCUCCCCGGAGUAAAACCCUACGAAUGCAGAGUAUGCGGGAAAGUUUACUCAUGUUUGUCCUCUCUUAAAAGGCACACUCAGUGUCAUAGCAAGCAUGCAUGGUGUGGGAGUCACAUAUUCGGAGGAACAUCAUACCAGUGUAAGGACUGUGGGAAAACAUUCAUUUUUCAAAGUUCAUUUCGAAUACACGAGAGGACCCACACUGGAGAGAAACCCUAUAAAUGUAAGCAGUGUGGUAAGGCUUUCAGCUGGCCCAGUUCCUUUCAGAUACACAAGAGGACUCACACAGGAGAGAAGCCCUACACGUGUAAGGAAUGUGGCAAAGCUUUCAUUUAUCACACUACCUACCGAGGACACAUGAGGACCCACACUGGAGAGAAACCCUAUAAAUGUAGGGAGUGUGGGAAGACCUUCAGCCACCCCAGCUCGUUUCGAAACCAUGAACGAACUCACUCCGGAGAGAAACCAUAUGAGUGUAGAUGGUGUGGAAAAACCUUCAGAUAUUACCAAACCUUUCAGAUACAUGAAAGGACCCACACUGGGGAAAAGCCUUAUCAGUGUAAGCAGUGUGGGAAAGCUCUCAGUUGCCUCACGUCUUUCCGAAGUCACGAGAGGAUUCACACUGGAGAAAAACCAUAUAAAUGUAGAAAAUGUGGCAAAGCCUUUAGUUUCCCCAGCUCCUUUCGCAAACAUGAAAAAAUUCACACUGGAGAGAAGCCUUAUGAUUGUAAGGAGUGUGGGAAAGCCUUCAUUUCUCUGCCAAACUUCCGGAGGCACAUGAUAAUGCAUACUGGAAAUGGGCCUUACAAGUGUAAGGAGUGUGGGAAAGCCUUCGAUUGCCCCAGCUCCUUUCAAAUUCACAAGCGAACACACACGGGAGAGAAGCCCUAUGAGUGUAAACAGUGUGGUAAGGCCUUCAGCUGCUCCAGCUCCUUUCGCAUGCAUGAGAGGACCCACACAGGAGAGAAGCCCCAUGAAUGUAAGCAGUGUGGUAAGGCCUUCAGCUGUUCCAGUUCUGUUAGAAUUCAUGAAAGGACUCAUACAGGAGAGAAACCCUAUGAGUGUAAGCAGUGUGGUAAGGCUUUUAGCUGUUCUAGUUCCUUUCGAAUACAUGAACGAAUUCAUACCGGAGAGAAACCCUAUGAAUGUAAGCAGUGUGGUAAGGCCUUCAGCUUUUCCAGUUCUUUUCGCAUGCAUCAGAGGACUCAUACUGGAGAGAAGCCCUAUGAGUGUAAACAGUGCGGUAAGGCCUUCAGCUGUUCCAGCUCCAUUCGGAUUCAUGAAAGAACACACACUGGAGAGAAACCGUAUGAAUGUAAGCAGUGCGGUAAGGCCUUCAGUUGCCCCAGCUCCAUUCGGAUACACGAAAGAACACACACUGGAGAGAAACCGUAUGAGUGUAAGCAGUGCAAUAAGACCUUCAGCUGCUCCAGUUCUGCCCGAAUGCAUGAAAGGACUCACACGGGAGAGAAACCCUAUGAGUGUCAACAAUGCCACAAGGCCUUCAGUUGUGCUCGAUCUUUUCAGAUCCAUGAAAGAACUCACACUGGAGAGAAACCCUAUGAAUGUCAGCAGUGUGGGAAGGCCUUCAGAUGUUCUCGCUCCUUUAGAGUACAUGGAAGAACUCAUAAUGGACAAUGAUCUUUUAAAUGAAAAUCAUGUGUUAAAACCUCCCAUUAUUCCACUGCCCUUUGAAGAUAUGAAAAUAUUUUUGCUUAGAGAAACACUGUAACAAAGUAUAACUGGAAAACCAUUUCUCUAGUUGUGAAUCCUAGAAAAAACCCUGUGACUCUUAUGUGAUGGGGAAGCCUUCAGUGGCUAUGCAACUUAAUGAGGCCACAAAGAUACAUAAGGGAAAAAUAAACCUUGUAUGUUAAGUAAUGUGUAAAAGCUCUCAGUUUGCUCAGUUACCUGGAAAUCACAAACUUGCAUUACACAGUAGCUUGAUGAAGCAAGCUUGGGAAACCAUCAGUAGUCUGUGUCCUGGAAAGCACAUGAAAAGAUUCACUGCAUAGGACCCUUAAGUGAAAAAUAAUGAUUAGUUUCCCAUCUUAGUGAAUGAUCACAUGAUACUCAUUUGAGAACUUGUGAGCUCAUGAAGACACCCAUUGUAAAGGAAUCCUAUAAGUGUAGAUAAUAUUGGGACAUUCCCAUGUAAGUUUGUAAUAAAAUUUAAGAAAUGUAAAAUUGAAAGAAACUGUGACUCUGGACUAUAGAUUUCUGUUACCUUUGCUUAUGUGAACAGUGAGGUUAGAUUAUUCUGAAAAUCAUCAUUAAACAAUAGUACAAAAGUUAAAUAAGUAGUGGGGUUUUUUUGUGUGGCAGUUACUACAUUUUUUAUUUUAUGUAUGGGUACACUGUGCUGUCUUCAGACAACACCAGAAGAGGGUAUCAGAUCCCAUUACAUAUGGUUGUGAAUCACUAUGUAGUUGCUGAGAAUUGAACUUGGAGCCUCUGGAAGAGCAGCCAGUGCUUUUAACUGCUGAACAUCUCAAGCCCAGUAGUGGGUUUGUUUGUUUGUUUGUUUGUUUGUUUGUUUGUUUUGAGACAGGGUUUCUCUGUGUAGCCCUGGCUAUCUUAGAACUCAUUUUGGAGACCAGGCUGGCCUCAAACUCAGGGAUCUGCCUUCCUUUGCCUCCUGAGUGCUGGGAUUAAAAGCAUGUGCCACUAUGUCUGGCUUUAUAAAUAAUGUUUUAUUAAACUUGUUACUAAUUUUCCUUUUCCAAGUCUGUUGGAGUCAUUAGUGAAGGGAAGUAUAUUGCUGAUAUAAAAAUUAUUUAAUUUUUUAAUGAGCUUUUAAAAAAAACAAUUUAGUUAUUGGUGAGAAUUUUCCUUGUGUCCUAAUCUUCUUAUUCAUAUUUUUUAAAGAGUGAUUUAUUUUUAUUACUUUUAGCUGUACAUAUUUGUGGUUCUGUAAACAUGAAUGUAGGUGUCCACACAGUCCAGAAGAAGGUUUUGGAUCCCUAAGAAGUAGAAUUACAGGAAGUCGUGAGCCACCCGAUGACAAGAGACCUGGGAAUAAAACUGAGGUUCUCUCCAACAGCAGUACCUACUGUUAACAAUUGAACCGGCUCUCUACCUCAUCACAGAUUUCAAUCAUUCUUUUUAUUAUUUAAGUUUUUUAAAGGGGGCAUAGAUAUUCUGUCUAGUACCAGGGCCCUCGAAAGGUAGAAGUUUUAAGGUUGCCCCCCCCCCCCCAGACAAAAGUUUAAAGCAGAAGAAAGAAACUGGUCGGGCCCUGGAACUGCAUGUUCCAGGAACUAGCUGACCACAGAAUUGAGUAAUUACACCAGCUGGUUCAGCAACUCUCUCCCAGGAACUAGCUGACCAUAAAGUUAGAUUAAAAUCUUAAAGAACAAUCUUGAGAAACAGGAAGCUUCUCCCAGGAACUGGCUGACCAUAAAGUUAGAUUACAAUCUUGAGAAACAGGAAGCUUCUCCUUGUGAUUUUUCACAGGUAUUCUCAACAUUUUUCAAUGACGCCAUCCCUACCCACUUGGGUUGUGGUUUCUUCCUUUAAAUACCCCUUCUCCCAGCUACUUGGGGCCGAAUUCCUCUACCCCUGCGUGGGAUAAGAGUCUCGACCCCAGUACACUGGUUCCUAUCAAUAAACCUCAUGUGAUUACAGCAA